ACUGGGGGAUGUGUGGGAAGACACUCCACAUCCUCUCUCUCGCUCUCUCUCUUCAUUUCCUGCUGGGUGACGGUCCUCCCCCUCCCCCUGCCUGUAAACACACCCACAGCCUCCAGUGAGAGGAGGACUGGGAGCGCAGGAGGAGGACCGUCAUUGAGGAGCAGCAGAGCCUUGGCGCAGGAGCGACACCUCCAAACAUCACCGCUCAUCCUUUUACGCCGAAACGCGUCAAAUUUUCUAUUAUUUUCAUUCAAAUACAGAAGAGAUCUGUAGAGCACCAAGUUUAGGUCGUUAUCGGGGCACAAAACGUCCCCAUACUGUCCGUUUCUCCGCCAGCAUUUUCGGGAAUAAACGCGGAGUUGUUCACACUCCACGGGCGCAGGCUUGCAUCGUGGCUCAUCCAGAAGUGGCAUGUUCGAGGGAUACUGCGGGCACUAUUGAACUCCUGCUUUCACCCAAAGAGGUAAAUUUAACUCUCAAUCCCACCUUUAUAAAUCAUCAUUCUGAUUUUUCUAAUAAACAUCAACGACUGCAUCCUUUUCUGCUCAGCCAUUAAAGGGAAACUCAACCAAGACGCACAGAAACCAUAUGAAUGCAGGAGGGAGUAUCAUUGAAACCCAUUCAUACUUCAAAUUUAAUCAUAUUUCUAAGUUUGCUGCAAACUUUUAUUGUAUGUUUCUGCUGUUUGCACUACUGUUGCUACAGAUUUCCUCCUAAUCCUUUGUGCGCCUCGUCCCUGCGUUUUCCUGCGUUUUUGAGAUGUUUGACAUAUUUUAAAGGCUACAUCAGGUGUGCCACGCUUUUCCUCUGCGGUGUGAAUUGAUCGACAGUCGGAAUUUUCCUUGAAACCUCACUCAGAUGUUGAUUUGAAGCCCCUAAAUCACAGACUUAAACAGAUGCAGACGCACAGAUCAAUAUCCAGACUCUUGGCUUCUUGUUUGCAUCUUGUUAAAAUUAUCUCCUCAGAGCAGCAGAUGUACAGAAGAGGCUCACAGAAAUGUUGCUGGUGUUUACUUUUGAAGUCGCUCCCUCCCAUCCCUCUUCCUGCAUGAGUCUCUGGUUGACUGUGAACACCUGGCAAUGAUUUUAAACAGACUGAGAGGCAGCCCAGGCUCUCAGAUAGAGAGAGCAGAGUGUGUGAGCUGCGAAUGGUGUGUGUGUGUGAUUCCUCAGUGUGGCAUGUAUGUGCUUACAAGAUCUGUGAAAGACGUCCAGCUCUGGCAUUCACGCUCACACUGAUGUCAUAUUUUCUUUCUGCUUCAAAGACAGUGAUUGUAGAUAAAACUGAUGUAAUUGUAGAGCUGUAAUAACUCCAUUAGAUUAUCAAGGAAUCCCUGGAUUGAUAGUUUAACUGUUAAAUUUGCAUCCUAGAGCCUGAUUUGUUAUCUUAAAACUACUAAAGUUCGACUAUUUAAAACCUAUAGAUGGUUAAGUUACUUGAUCUGUUGAAAAGAAAAUUGCAAAUCAUGAUGCUGACUGAAGUAAUGUGGUUUAUUUCGCACUAUUUUUGACUGGAGUUCAGUCAAAUGUUGGAGAAAUUGUCAAAUAGAUUCCUCUAUCAAAAAGAUGAUGUUUGUUUUGGUUUUAGCUGAAAGAUGAGUCAUUAAAGCGUGUUUUUUCUCUUUUAUUGAGGAGUUUCAGCAAGAUUUUAAUUAGCAGGGUUCAUUUCUUGUGCUGCAACACCGCUCUUCACUCUUAUCAUACUCUCACAUAUUGACUUAAACAUCUGGCUAAUUACUGUUCUUCAUCAUAGCUACGUACAGUAAAUGAUUUUAAAAUGCCUGUGCCAAUGCUACUACUUAUAUAUAACCCUACAUCUCGCAACAUAAUGAAUUUGUGUGACAGUAAAAGGACGGAUCGUUUGUACCAACUUGUUAGUUUUAAUGGCUGAAGUCCUCAAACUUUUAAAAGUUUUCCUUCAUACUUUGUCAUGGAUUGUCAUGAAGGGAAGAAUUGCUUUUUGUCACAGUAACUCCAGUGCAAAUAAGCAGAAAGAGGAUAGAUAAAAUAAGUAAAAAUAAGUAAAAAUAAAGAGAUAAUAUACAAGUAUGUACACUAUAUACCACAUAAAAUAGUAAAGUAUCAUGCAUGUAAAUAGUAAGCGGAUGCCAGGUAAAGACUACUGACUGAGGGUGUCAGACUCGCUCUGCAGAUAACAGUUUGAUGUAUUCAUGAGCCGAUUUGUGAUCUAACAAAGUGGCUGUUUUGUCUCAAAGUGUCAUAACAAGUGAACAUUGUCAACCAGUUCCUGAGCGUGGCAUCUGAAAAAUGCAAAUUGACUAUCAUUCUGUAAGUGUUAAAGCCUUAUGUCAGAUAAGCUUUACAUCCAUUUAUAUCAUGCAUCAGAAAAUCGAUUCUUCCAGCCUGAAGCAGUUCUCUCUCUCUUAACUUAGGAAAGUUGUGAAACACGAGACGCCAGUGUCCGCCAGACAGUUGUCAGGAAUUCCACAGUGACUUGUUCCCUCCAGGAUGUUUACUCUUGACAACCAGAUUGGAGCAAUAAAGUGAUCUGAGUGGUUUUACAGGUUGUUAGAAUCUUAUUUUGUCAAUAAUCUGCGUUUACAUGCUCUAAACAACGUUUAUAAUGUAUGGUAUAAUCUUCAAAAAAAGCCUCUCGCUGCACAGAUGUUGGGUUCAGGCUCAUUAGUAACAAUACACAAAAUCUCAUUUAAAUUACAAAUAUAUGAAGACGGGGUUUUAGGACCUGCAGGCCUGGUGGGUAAUCCAGGCUUAAUCCUUUUGAAUGCAAAUUGUGUGAAUACCUGCUUUACUGCUCAGCUCUCCUUUUACUGUAUGUGUUGGUAUGCUUGUGAGCUCUUUCACCCCUGGGAAAAAUGUGUUUAAUUCGAUGUAAAAACAAGUUUAUACAGGAGGAAUUUCUAGGAAGGAUAUGCAUUUUAUCCUGUAGUGGUAGAAAAGACCGUGAAACUGCUUUUGCAGGUGGUUUAAAUUGCAGUGAGCGCAUCACAAAGCUUAAUAAUUAGCCUUGGACAAAUUAAACAAGUUUUUAAAUGUGACUCAGACUGUUUUUUUGCCAAAACAGACCAUUUUCUGUUUAUUUUUCUCAGGGUGACAUUGUAAAAACUGUGAUUUUCAAAUUAAGGGGGAUAGUUGUUUCAGUUAAUUGAGAAACAGAUUUGACUUAACUGUGGAUGUUUGAGGUCUGGCUGGUCCUUUAAUUUGAUUGUUUCAAAAAAGAGCUGUGACACCAACAUCAGCUCUAAUAUUUUAGCUUUUUUUUUCCAACUACAGAGUGAUUUUAUUUCUUUCUUUGCUCAGACACUUUACUUUUAUACACCACUUUACAUUUCUAGACUCAUGUUUUGGCUAAAAUUGAAUCCUCCUUCAUUUCCAGCCCAAUAAAAAUACACACUAACACAAGAAAACUAGGAACAGCUGUUUGCAAUAAGCCCUGUAUGAAUUUUAAAUCAAUGCAAGUCCACUGAAGAGGUCCACUCAAUCCCCAAACAAGCUGAUUAGACACGAACAAGAUAGCUAACCUUAGCUGCUGCUCGACUCACAGCCUCUCCUAGCAAAACUGCAACAGUAGAAACCCCAUACCUCGACUUAAAUCUCCAAUUUUAACCAUCUUGACUGAAUGAAGAAAGUUAAAGUCCUGAAAUACUAAAAUGAAAACACUGCUGACUGUCCUCUGCAUUUGGCUUGUGUUAAACAGUUAGCAUCACACUGUUGUUGUUUGCUAACGCCACCUUUUAGCUCACCUCACCUCAGCUUGUUUGUUAUGUGCCAAACUCCUGUGUAGGCUUCUGCUUUCAGGAAUAGAAACAAUCCUUUUAAAAUCUCUCAUGUAUUAACAUAUUUAAGAUUAAAAAGUGCUUCUCCGAUACUUUAUAUUUACCCGAACAAUGCUAAACUAUCCCAAAGGCACUGAGAUACAUCCUCAUUUGAAAUAAACACCUCUGUUUUUAAUAGUUUUUCCAUAUUCCUGUUGGACUCCACCAAACUGUUUCUGCCUCUGAAUUUGGACUACUCAGGAUUAUAUCAGUCCAUGCAAAACCUCUCAAAUUAAUUAGGUCUUCUGACUAGUUCAAAUUAGAAAACAUAAGCUGCAGUAUCAGUGGUGUGAGUGAAGCAUGUGUGUGUGUGUGUCGGGGGUGUGUGUGUGUGGGAGGUGAAACAUGCAGGUGAGAGAUAAUCAUUGUAGCACAGCCAGAGGCCAGAGAAUGACGGGUUUGCCAGUUUUUAUCAGAGCUGGAAUGCAAUAAAUCCUGUUGAACCAACACUGCUGUUGGUUUUGUAUUUCAAUAGGUUUUGCUAAUUCAUUUUCCUUCAAGUUUGGUCAAAUCCAGACUUCAAUCCAUGCUUAAAAUAAAAACUUAAAAGAGGACGGAUCUAAAGACACAAGAGUAGAUUCUAAGACGAAAGAUAACUUCAGAAUGUUUGGUAUUUGUCUUUCUUUAAACUUAAUCUCAGGAUGGUCAUCCUUUUGUCCCUUUCAAACACAUACUAAACCAGAUUUUUCUUUGAUGAGUCAUUGAGAAAAGAAUAAUAGGACUCACAGUCAUGCUAACCACGAGCAUAUGUGAGGCUGUUACUAAGUGUGGAGAAACCUUGAGCCUUAAGCUAAUAUCAUGAAACUAACUUCGCUUUGUUAAGGAGGUUUUAAUCAUAAGCUGUGUUCUGAUUCAGGGGUAGAGUCCUACAAAGGACUUGGCCUUAAUAGCUUUGAGCUGAAAAAUAUAAAUACAGACUUAACCCUUAUUUACUUAUUGUUGUGUGUCUUACGGCGAGUAUCAGGAAAUCAUUAGUUUAAAGUUUUUAUUUCUACAACCAACAAUAAUAAAAGACAAACUGUGUCAUCAUCCAGCUCAGCUUAUUUCUUUUUGGGAGGCAGGUGAACUUAUCUGUUUUACUUUGGUUUUCCUCACUUAUCUGAAACAGCACGUCUUAUUGAAUCCUCGAGAGGACAUACAGAAAGGUCAAGAAAAAGCCAUAGCAGCUGGUAAAAAAAUGUCCCAAUACACUAAAAAAGUCCAGACACGUCAGUGGAGUCCAUUUGCCACUCCACCAAAUAUGUAUAUUCAUCAUCCUACUUGAGAGUAUGCCAUCUUUUCUGAAUGGGUAUUAAAUGAAUAAAGGGACAUAGUGCUUCAUGAAUCCUUUGUGGUGUAGAAAAGCAAAGAUUUAUGAGUUGUCCUUAUCAGAAAUAAUGACUUUUAAAUUGCCUCAUUCAAAGGAUCCAGCCCCCUGAAAUGAAAAGUAGCUACAGUUUGUCCCGUAAGAAUUCAAAAUUGCUUUAACCCUUUAAUGCCUUUUGUAUCAUAUUUGAUACAAACUUUUAUGAUACUACUCUUAAAUCAAUAUGAUUGACAAAUAACUGAAAAAACACCUGAAUACAGUCUGAUAAAUGCUAAAAAUGUCCUUGUGGUGUAUCAUUUCCAAAAACAUCUAAUGUAUCAAACAAGAUAAAUAUAUAUAUGUGUUAAAUUUUAAAGGUAUUUGAUAUUUUUGUUUUUCAGUAGUAAGUAAAAUAAACAUUUCAACUCCAAAAAAAUUACAUUUUCUGGCCAUAAUUUGUGGUUUCAGGCAUUAAAGGGCUAAAUGCGAGUUAUAGCAAGGUUAAAUAUUUGCUUUUUUAUCCAGGUGAUUCAAGAGACAGAGUCAUACUGUCACAGUUUGUUUGACUAAGACAUAAAUUUCCGCUCUGACCGAGUUGUAUCAAGUAUCCGGAAAAAGACUGACACAGUUUUUUCCAUGGAUACUCUCUUAUCUUCACUGUUCACAUAGAAAUGAAAACAGGUGAUUCUUCAUUUCCACUGGCUUCCUUAUCUAUAUUUCAGUUUUGACCCCAUGGUUAAAAGCAAUGCUUGUAAAUUAUGCAAAAACAUGUUGCAGGUGUUGUUAUCCACUGUAACAGAGGAGCUGCUUUCAGUAGUUGAAUUGAAAUUGAAUUAUGUCCCUGAAAGUCUGAACAUACAACAACAACCUGUGUCUACUGAGCCCAAAGAAAAGCUUUAGGGACACUGCCUGGCACAAAGCCCUGUUGGCCUUUCAUUUUGAUGCACAGGGUUCACACCUGAUUGUCUAUUCAUGAGGCGGCACUCAGAGGAUUUUGGGGCAGCUGAUGCAAUUUAAAGAAAAUGGAAACAGUCCUCUCCUCCCAGCUUACGUGCUGCAGAGGAAUCAUUUAUGACCCCUGGGAGUGUUUGAACUCUAUUUGUCUUUAAGUAAUGGUUUACGAAAAAUCUAUUUCACCUCCUGAAGGUUUGUAAAAGAUUUUCUCACCAGCAGAGAAAAAGUGGCCGUUGUGGUCAGCUUGGUUUCUGCUAGUUCCUAUCAAUAACAGGGAGCUUUUAAAGACAAAAAUGGCAUCAGAACAUUUGUGUCUUUUGAGAGAGUGAAAAUAAAGACAUUUUUGACAUCAUUGGCUGAUGGUUUUCUCAAAAGAUUUGAGAAUAUGCAGCUUUUUUGUUUUACAGACUUUAACUGUCUGCAAGCCCACUUAAAGAAUCUGUCAGCCGUGUAAGUACAAGGUCAGAUGAGGACUCUGCACCCCUGGAAACAGAGCGUAUGAGGCGCUUGACAUAUCUGGAAAUUGGUUGGAAUGAAAGCUAGCUCUGAGCGAGGACAAGGCAAGGACAGUGAGGAUGGGAGCUGUGACUUUCUGGAGGGGGAGAGUGGAGUAAAUUCUGUGCAUUUCUCAGAGGCUUAAAAGACUCCUGCUGUCUCUUUCUUUCCCCUCGUCUUAAAGAGCUCUGUGAAAGGACUCUUACAUGUAAAUUGUGGUAUCUCCAAACGAAGGGGAUUAGCAGCGCCCAGGAUUGAAAUGGAAAAGCCUCCCAGUCUCUGCGUGGAAGACAAGUGUUAUCUACUUGACCUUCCUAACUCCCAGAAGUAUGCUGUUUUGCAACUUGUAAUCACUGGAUCUCUUGCUAAAUGUCUCUAUCUCUCAGGGAGGAUCGCAAUACUCUCCGAAAAAUGCACAUCAUUCAUCACAUUAUGGCUGGGCUGCAGAAUAUAAUAUCACAGUCUGUGUGAAUACACAAUAGUUAUGCCUGAGAGUACAAUUUAAUAAGGAAAACGAGGCCUUUUUUAAUAUUCAAGCUGUCUGCUUUUGCUUGACUCAUCACAGUAAAAAAUUACAUCUCUUCUGAGUAACAUCAUCAAGCUGAUUUAUAGUGAUGGCACCCUGCUUCUGCACAAAGGCAUACAGUAUAUUGCAGUGUAAAAUCACAGUGCAGUAAUGACAGGAAUGAAUACCUCAAUAUUUUAAGGUUUUUUUUGCCGAUAACAAUUGAGGGCAUGUUGCAUCUCCCUAAAAACGAGCAUCAUCUUUGUUUUCGAAGCCAAAGAACCUCCAUGCGAGAGACUUUGAUCCACAUCCAGCAAUCAAAUCAGAAAGCCUCUAUUUUGAAGCUGGUGGGGCUUGUGUUUUGUCUCAUGGUACUGUUUUAAAUUUCAGCCAUGAAGGUAGUUACUCUAGUUUAGCUUGUUAAGGCAUGUACAGAGUUAGGGACCGUGUCCACUCAGGCCUUUUUUUUGGUCAUGGGCUUUUCAUUGGCAUUUCCUGUCACCAGGUUCCAAGAGUUGUCCUACAGCACUUAUGCUAAUCUUAGUCCCGCCCCUUUUGAUCCUGAUUGAUGAUUAAGAAAUGAUAUUAUUGGACGCAGUGGUGUCCCAAAAGGUGAACCAAUUUCAACUGAGAGGGCGUUUUGCUCUGAGAAUGCUAAACUGCACUUGGUUUGCCAGUGGACACAGUCCCUUAAUCAUCAGUAUCAUCAGAUAUGAUCAUUUCUACUAACAUGUAUUAUGUCAGAAAUAGACAGUAGAUAUUGGGUCUUCAUUUGGUGUAAUUAUUUAUUGGUAUUGAUAUCAGUAUUGACCAGAAUGCAUUGAAGAUAUUUACAGUUGAGAUAUCAGUCAAAAUCCACUAUCGCACAUCCAAUGCAAGGAAACAGUUGUGUUUUUUACUUCUGUUGGAGAAAAUUCCUGCUAUUCAUUACCAAGUAUUUUCAACUGGAACAGAUGUGCAUACUUCAGACAAACUUUAUCUUGAAUGGAGAAAAGCUAGGAGAUCAAUUACAGAGAGAAUACUCAAGGAGGAUGUUAAAGAUCUUCAGUGAAUUGAGAUAGAGUUCAAAUGAUUGAAUAAAAAUGCCUUAAAUCGCGUUUCUUUCCCUCCGCUGUGUCUUGACAUCAAACAGACUCACAUGUCAUUACUGAAAGCUUGCCCCCUCUUUACGGGAAACUCAUUAUUUUGUUGCUAAACACUUAACUGCCACCAAGAGAGUUUUAAAAUGUUCCUCAACAAGCAGAUAUAAUUGUGGUGAGUCAUUCUUUCAACAGAGGACCUUCCCCUUGGGUGUCAUACUGGCACGGCAAAGGCAUUCUUUGAUUGAAUUUCAAAACUGUAAUGUUUUUUUUCAUGGAUAUUGAAAAGGACUGGAGCUGUUAAAGAGACUAUCUCUGCUCUGGGCUGCAUUAAAAAAGCCUCUUUUAGUGAUUAGAUCAAUUUGAUAAUGGUAACAACCUCCAGCAGAAAACUGAGAGAGUAUUUUGAUGAGUGUAUCGGCUGAAAUGCAACGAGGAUAAUGUGUCUGUCGUGUACAGCCCACACCAUGACUCACACGGCCAUUAACAAAACCCAGAGCCUUGUGUAAUGGACUUUAAACAUGAAAUGCAUUCAAAUAAGGUUUUUUUUUCUUUUCUUUUUCAGGAUUCAAUGAAAAUGUCCGUGUGCGUCCAUGAGAACCGGAAAUCCAGAGCCAGCACUGGCUCCAUGAACAUCUACCUGUUCCACAAGUCCUCCUACGCCGACAGUGUCCUCAUGCACCUUAACUCACUGCGGCAACAGCGGCUCUUCACAGACGUCCUGCUGCAUGCUGGAAGUCGCUCUUUCCCCUGCCACCGUGCCGUGCUGGCCGCCUGCAGCAGAUACUUCGAGGCCAUGUUCAGUGGUGGGCUGAGGGAGAGCCAGGCCAGCGAGGUCGACUUCCGAGACUCCAUCCACCCGGAGGUUUUAGAGCUCCUGCUGGAUUACGCCUACUCAUCACGUGUGGUCAUUAAUGAAGAGAAUGCAGAAUCGCUCUUAGAGGCUGGAGACAUGCUGGAGUUCCAGGACAUCCGGGAUGCCUGUGCCGAAUUCCUAGAAAGAAACCUUCAUCCGUCAAAUUGCCUCGGCAUGCUGUUGCUGUCCGAUGCCCACCAGUGCACCAAGCUGUCAGAGCUCUCCUGGGGCAUGUGCCUCAGCAACUUCCCUGCUAUUUGCAAGACAGAGGACUUCCUCCAACUGCCCAAAGAUAUGGUAGUGCAGCUUUUGUCACAUGAGGAGCUGGAGACAGAAGAUGAGAGACUGGUUUAUGAAGCUGCCCUGAACUGGAUCAACUAUGACCUGGAAAAGAGGCACUGCCACCUCCCAGAGCUUCUGAGAACAGUUCGUCUGGCGCUGCUUCCAGCUAUCUUUCUCAUGGAGAACGUUUCCACAGAAGAGCUGAUCAACGCUCAAGCCAAGAGCAAGGAGCUGGUGGAUGAAGCUAUCCGGUGUAAGCUGAAGAUCCUACAGAAUGAUGGUGUUGUCAACAGCCCAUGUGCCCGACCAAGAAAAACCAGCCAUGCCCUCUUUCUUCUGGGUGGGCAGACCUUUAUGUGCGACAAGUUGUACCUGGUAGAUCAGAAAGCCAAAGAGAUUAUCCCCAAGGCUGACAUUCCCAGCCCUAGAAAGGAGUUCAGUGCAUGUGCCAUUGGCUGUAAAGUGUACAUUACAGGUGGAAGAGGCUCUGAGAAUGGCGUGUCUAAAGAUGUGUGGGUCUAUGACACAGUCCACGAGGAAUGGUCCAAGGCGGCACCUAUGCUCAUUGCAAGGUUUGGUCACGGUUCUGCUGAGCUGAAACACUGCCUCUACGUGGUUGGAGGUCAUACUGCUGCGACUGGAUGCCUUCCAGCCUCCCCAUCAGUAUCACUCAAGCAGGUGGAGCAGUUCGACCCGGUGGCGAACAAGUGGACCAUGGUUGCUCCUUUGAGAGAGGGUGUGAGCAAUGCAGCAGUGGUCAGCGUCAAACUCAAGCUCUUCGCUUUUGGAGGAACAAGCGUCACCCAUGACAAGCUGCCUAAAGUGCAGUGCUAUGAUCCGCAGGAAAACCGAUGGACUGUUCCUGCAUCCUGCCCGCAACCUUGGCGUUACACCGCCGCUGCCGUGCUUGGAAACCAAAUCUUCGUCAUGGGCGGGGACACCGAGUUCUCAGCAUGCUCGGCCUACAAGUUCAGCAGUGAGACCUACCAGUGGACUAAGGUUGGGGAUGUAACAGCCAAGCGGAUGAGCUGCCAGGCUGUAGCAUCGGGGAACAAACUGUAUGUGGUGGGCGGGUACUUUGGCACGCAGAGGUGUAAAACUCUUGACUGCUACGACCCCACAUUGGAUGCUUGGAACAGCAUCACUACUGUGCCCUACUCGCUUAUUCCCACUGCGUUUGUCAGCACCUGGAAACAUCUGCCUGCUUGAGCCCCCAAAACACCCCUGAUACCCUUUUCAUGAGGUAAGUUUGAAACCUGAUGUUUAUCUCUCUGUUUGACUGGGGAACUCCAGUGUUACAAAAAAAAAAAAGAAAAAAAAACCCACACACAGAGCAGUAACUCAGCUCUGCAGAUGAUGUAGAAGAGAAUCAGUAAAUAGUCUGUGUUCACUUUGAAGUGUUUAAGCUUUCAACCAUCUGCAAAACAUGGAUGCAGUUUGAUGUAUCAGCUAAAUCAGAAUGAACUUAAGAUCUGUCGUCAUUACUUUGCUUAGAAAAAACUUAACUUCAGCAAAAUCUUUAUGGCCACGAUCCUUCUUUUUACAGUUUUCUUUAGAUCCCCAGAAUAUUUUAACUAUACAAUUUACAUAUCUGUUGACCUGUUGCUCACACAGUCUCUCACUGAGGGGUGAAUCUCUUCCUAUCUUUACUUCUUAGAGGCUCAGCCUCUCUACAAUGGCUCUUUUCAUAUCCUGUCAUGUUACUAACAUCUUACAAAUUAACCUAAUUGGUUAGGGGACAUGCCUCUGGGUGUUUUUAGCAAUACAAAACUUUUUCAGUUUUUCGUUGUUGGCUUUUUUAAAAUGCAUUUCUGCCAUCAGAUUUAAAACAAGCAUACAUUUUUAAUAAAAUACAAAAUCUAAAUAAUUAGCAAACCAUCAACAGCUGUUCUUAUCUUCAUUUCACACGCCAUGUUUGGGGAAUUUGGAUUGGACAAGCUGACAUCAGUAAUGAGGUAUUGAUCAGAUGCUACCUUUAAGGCUUUUGAAUUGUCAGAAUAAUAGAAAUGAUGACAAAAUCGGCUCAGUCUUUUAGGGACGAGAGGAAGUAUCUCUGGAGGAGGGAGGCUGAACCUCUGGGGGGGGGGCCUGAUAGGGGAUUGUGUGCGUUAGUUAAGUGAGUUAUGUGGCUGUGGGGAUGUGCUGAAGGACACAGAGGGUAAUUGAAAGAGAAUAGGAUACUUUUAUUGCUCCUGUGGGGGAAAUCCCUCUAAGCAGGGAAAAGGGGGUCUGCCAAUUAGACAAGCCACACACCAGCAGGCUACAACACCCUGGCGAGGCUAAUCCACUCUCAGUCGCCUUGCUUUGAUGAGGUUAUGGUCUUUACACUGGGUGAGAGGGAGGCAGCCGGGCGACUCACGCCGUGUCGGAAACCAUUCAUCAUCAGUUACAAGCAGUGGCGGCUGAGAGAAGUGGCAGCAGGAGGAAGCGAGAAGGACGACUUGCAGGGUUAGAAAGCGCCGGCGCCCCCUCCUCUGCUCAGUCAGGCACACAUCAUCCCUUCAGAGCAGCGGUCUUGCUCUGAAAAUUCACUCUUUAACUUGACCAUCUCCUCUGCCUCCAUCAUGUAGUCUUGGCCUCAUUCAAACCCUGCUCUCCUGCUCUGAUGAUGAACAGCCAAGACGUAUGUGGAGCAUGGGUAGUCAGCUGGCAAACCUGAGCUUUCCUCUUGCUGCAAGCUCUCGAUCACAUCGCAUCUCACAGUCUCCGCGGCCCACACUGAUGCCCCCUCACAUGCCCAUGAAGGCAGUCCUUUUCAUUUAGCUCCAUUUGAUGAAAUGGCUGGAGGCCCUCAGCUCCUGAGAAAGAAAAGGAGGGAAUUAGAGUGACUCCCCAGCCGUCCAGAACAGCACAGCCUCCAAUUUGAUUACACCAGGAAGCAGCUCAGAGCAGCUUCACUGUGAUGUCCCCCCCUCUCCACAGGAUGAAAACUGUUUUAAGACUCAUUAUUCUUUUUCUUUUCGGUGACUCAUCUUUGAAAGGAAGAGACUAGACUGAAGGUUUUAACUAUCUCUAAGCCAGUGCAACACAAUGCUCAGGGAGGGAAAUAAUCCUACUGCUGACUUAAUACUGAAUUUGUUUUCUGGAGCGCCCGCCUAUCAUUGCAACUGACAGUCUACUCGUCGUGAAUAGCAAAAAAAUUGUGCAGGGAAGAAAAAGAAAGCUUACUGUUUAGGAAUGAAAAGAGAAGGAAGUAUUUUAGACCUCAGAGGAAGAAAGAAGAAGUCUCUGGGUUUUUUCUCAUGGGAACAUCUUGUCUGAGAUUCCUCCUUUUGGAUUUUUUCUUCCCUUGAAGGUUUGAAUAGAAGUGUCAAAAUCAAAUAACACCGAAUAUAUGACUCGCUUCCUUGUGGUUUUCAACGUCGCUGGAGUUCAGAUAUGCGGAAACUAUUUACACACAGAGACACUAUUAUGAGUAACGUGGAUCAUAUGACCAACCAAAUAUUCAUUCAUUGUUAAAGCCUGAGAAGAGUGAAUACUUACUCCAUAAUGUGGCUAAAUGAGUAAAAGUAGUCGUUCACUGAAUUAACUCUUUAUCAACUCUACUGGCUUUUCAAAUUCCCAUAAUAUUACACAAGUGACACAGACCAGGUUAUGGACACAGUUUUAGGUGGAUAAAUUGUCAUUUUGUGAGAUAAUCUGCUUACUUACAGUAAAUAUAUAAGAGCCUAUUUUUGAAAUAUGAAGCUACAACUAGCUACCUGUUAGCAGAAACCUUUGGAAAUUUCCAUUUAUGAAGAAAAGACAGUACAGAAGAGGAUUAGGGCCACUGGAAGAAAACAGGUCCAAUCUAUGAGGAAAAAGUCAGAAUUUUGACUUUAAUCUCACAAUUCUGACUUUUUUCUUGGAAUAAAAAUAAUUUUAAAAAAUGGAAAAAAAAAAAUCUUAUUUGUUACAGUGGCCCUAACUCAUCUGUAACAUAGCCUCUAGGGCUGGGACGAUAUACUUUUUUCGAUUCUUCUACGAUUUUCUGAAAGCCAAUUCGAUUUAAAUUGCGAUUCUAUGAUAUUGUCAAUUUUGUUGAUUUUUAACACCAGUGAAACAGUUUAAUGAUUAUGAUUGUCUACUGACUGUUCCAGGAACCAUAUUUCCCAAAAAAUACACAUCACAUUUCAGUCAGUUUUUAAGAUCUAUCCUUAAAUUUGAAAAAAAAAAAAAGAUUUUUGAACAAAAAAUUGUGAACUAAUGGGAAUUGAUUUUUUCUCCCACCCCUAAUAGCCUCCAGUUAAAAGCUACUUCUAACUUAAUGUAAUUAUUUGGCUGUAAAGGGCAAAAGUUAGCUCGCUCUUCCUUUUAAACUACUUUGUAAAAUGAGAUAAAGGAACAAAAGCUUUUAUUCCACAGAGAAGAAAGUGCUCUCUAGGUUCACUUAUUCACUCAGAAGAAAGAGAAAGGUCUUCUGUAGGCUACCUACAAAUGCAGAUAGCUGAUUGUGUUACACUCACAUUAGCCACGUAGCACGGCUAUAACCACCCGUGCUGCAUGAAUAAGUAUGCUUUAAGUGAAAGCUUUAAGAAUCGAAAGGUCAGAGUGAAACUCUGAGAGUAAAACACACUCGUGUGGAAAAAAUGUGGUGGGCUGAGGUGGAGAGAAAGAAGCUUGACGGCCAGACUGUGCUGAGGAAAUAGAGUAGGUGGAUUCACAAAAUCUAUUAGCCUAGUGGGAGCUGCACAGUUGUUACAACAGCAACAUUUUCACAAUGUAAAAUACUAUUAUGCUGCUUACAUUUUAGCCAUCAAUAUGUGUUGAUUAAUUUCAAAGGCAGCUGCACUUUAUGUGAGUCGUGUAUGAGAUGAAAAGAAAUGAACAGUGUGAGCCUCAGAAGACAAAAAUGAGCAGCAGACUGAGAAAAUCACAGCACUGUUGCUGUGAGUUUUGUUAUUUUUCUGGUAUUAAUUGAGUUCCUUCUCUGUACACCUCCAGAGAAAAACAUUUUGAGAAAUAACACUUUGAGAAGGGACUCAGGUGAUCAAGAAGCAUUAUGCAUGAGUAUGUUUCCCUAAAUGUGUCUUGUUGUGUUUUGUACUUUGAAUAAUUAACAAAUCACCUUUGCACCGUUGAAUAUUUCAUCGCUCUCAGGGUUUAAUAGUCCAUCUAAUUAUUUCAUCUAAUGAGUUAUUCUUUUCCUCUUCCUCAGAUUUCCCUGUUUUGCAUCAUCUACUGGACUCCGACUGUGAAGAAGCACACAUCAUUCUCCUCUUAAAAGAAACGCUGAGCAGAGAUGUACAGACGCUCGCAUUCAUACAAACUCGUACAGCUGGACACUUUCACCCGAAUGAUGUCACGUCUGGGUUCUGAGAAGGAGGCGUGCAGUUCUGCCGCUCGUGUAAACAAACAAACAAACAAACCAAACAAACUGCUGCUUGCUGUACGAGGCGCAGACGCCCGGCUGUGCGUACGUGUGGCGCAUCAGGCUUUCAUGCUGCAAUAUGAGGACUGAAAACAUAUCUCACAAUUUUCCCAUUUAGUCAUGACAGGCUUGUGAGGAUGUGUAUUGAUGUUUCUCCUUACAUAGGAAGAAAAAUACUCUUUUUUUCACAGAGACUGCAAUGUAUAGCAUGAUGGAUGUUCUAUUGAGAUGGAAGGAGGGAGAUUGCGAUGAUCGGUGCGUUUAGGAGCAGUAAGCGACUCGGUCUGACUGAGUUUUGCUGGUCUAUAAAAGGCACAAUGAAGGAGCUGAUCUCCCCCUUCUUUCCUCUGAUAAGCUCUUUUAUUCGACCCUUUUGUAUCUCGUUUUUCUCUUCAAAGACUCAAAAACAAACCUUCGAGUCUCCUCUCUCGCUGUCACUGUGAGCCUCGUGGUGUUGACGACCGAUGCCAGCUGAGGUUGAGGAGGACAGCGGGGGUCGAGGUGCCUCGGGGUCACGACCUUACGUGUUUGCUGUUUUGCGGCUACGCAUUAACGCCCGCUGAGCGCCGCUUCACCAACCCACUUGCACACAGGGGCGGUAUUCAGUGUCAGGAUUCAACGCUGUCACAUUCAGCUGUACGCUUAAUGCUGUAAUUGACCGGCUGUGCUUCUGUUAUUCUGAUAAAAUCUGCGGCUCGCUCGCUGAGUCAUAGCUGAAUCCUUUUCCGAGCAUGUCCACUCAUAGUGAUUCAGUGAAACUGGCAUGAACUCUCUCUGUGCUCGCAGAAAUAUUGUCACCUUAACCCUAAACUGAGAAUUAAUCAGUUUCUUUUUUGAAAACUUGCUGCAAUGUAGUCUUAAUUUAUAUGACAAUGAUAACUCUGUUAUGUUAAUAUGUUUAAUCCUAUUUAUUUCCUCUCUGCCUGCAUUCUUAUGUGAAUGUAUGUCUGGGUUAUGUCAUGCAUGGCCAGGUGUUGUGUUCUUUUUUUGAUAUCUCAGUUGGGCUGCAUUUUGCACAGUUCAGUCUUUCCCAGGUGGACUUUGUUCUUUUUAAAAAUCCUCUCCCGGGAUUUUUCAUUUAUGUCAGAGUGUGGAUGGAAGAGGAAGGCUGGCUCGGGUUACUGAUGGUGUGAAGCAGUUCAGGCCAACAAAUAAGAAGACUGAAACCUGUCUUAGCAUGAAAUCUUUAACUGCUACAAUGUCUGUAAGGAUCAUUUUGACCUCUUUUUUUAUUAAUAUUAUUUGCACAUGAAUUUCAAUAAUUAUUAUAAAUCCCAAAUGAAUCUGCAAUGAUUGGAUCAGUAAUUUAUUAGCUUUGGUAAGUACAGAAAUAGCCAAUAUUGAGUCAGAGUUGUGUCAGAAAACAGUAAAAAAACAAAAACUAUUUAUGAUAUUAUGAUUUAAUAAGUUUUUCAAAACAUUUUAAUGCUAAAAUGACAAUAUCAGACAGUUACAUCAUUUUUAAAAGCAAGAAAAAAGGGUACAUUCAACACUUAUUGCGGUUCUAUGAUUAAGAUUGUUAAAAAGUACUACAGGGGCAUGUCUGAAACUUUAAGAUCAGGGUGGCCCAACGCAAGUGCUGACAAAGGCAGAGGUUUCAGUGUUUUGCUUAAGCACACACAUGAAUACCAUCACUCUUCAUGUUUACAUAAUGUUAAAAAAUAAUAAUUUAUUAUGUUAGUCUGACAGAAACUGGACUUAAAAAUUACAUGUAAACACAUUAGUCCAACAGAGACUGCACCAAGUUGAAUUUCUUAAAAUUGGACAUACAUAUCCACAUGACAUAACCAGUGACUAAUGUCCUCUAUAUGUACCUAAACUUAAUUAGCCUAAGCAUUCUGCAUGAAGUCAAACAGCACAAGUAACAACUCAGAAGAAGACACAAGUAAAGUUGAAAGAGACACAGUUGUGUUAUCGUGCACAUGAUUGAUUGAUUGAUUGAUAAGAAAUGCACAAAGCUGUUAAGUCGACCAUGUUUCCCUAUUUGACGCAAAACAAGUUAGCGUCUUGCUAACUUGUUUGUUGAUUGUUUUGUAUUUGAGAAACGAUCAACCAAAAGAAGGUCCAGUGGUAACUACAUGGAAGAGGGCGUGUCGCCACCAAGUGUAGCAAAGUUAAGACAGACUUUCAAUAAAUCGGUUCUUACCUGGUGUUUGUAGACUGGGAGAAGGACAGUAGUCUGGUUUAAACACCUAGUUGAGCUUGAUCUAGCUUAACCUGUAAACAUACAGACUUUAUUAGUUGACAUUGGCUUGUGUGGACUUUUAGCAGUAAAAAGAUACACUACAGAAUGGUGACACGUGACUCUUAGCUUUAUUCUUCUUGAGCUCAUAAGAUGUUUGUCCAAAAUCACAAUUUAACACACCAACAAAAAGGAGUGUGCUAUGCUGGUAAAGCAAAGAAAGCUACCUGUAGCCUGCUUAACACAAGACCCGCCUUUGCCAAGACAUCUAGCCAAUCAUAGUUGGGGAUUUUGAGGCGGCAGCAGGGGUGGCAUGUCCAAAAGGGGACAGUGCCACCAUUGUACACCCAUUUGGACACGCCCCUGGAUCUUUCCAAUAAGAAACACUUGGGACUCUUAUUUUAAUAAAAACUGAAAAUAAUCAAGAGUUCUUCAUUACCAUUGUAAUCACUGUAACCUAAUUCGGUACAAACAUGAAAUUAAGGCUAAGCAAUAGAUUAUUUUACAAUUUUAAGUAAGAUUGGACGUUUCUUUUUGAAGUUGGUACAGCUUAUAACAAAAAGUAAAGGUCAAAAUGACUCCUUCGGUAUCUACUGGGUUAAAUCUUUCUGUUUGGGACAGAAGUGGUUCAACAAAACAAAAAGAUAUGAACCGUGAAACAGAUAAGGCUGCUGGAAUGACGCGGUGUGUGACCCAGUGUUUAUCAGGGCGAAGUUAGAGAGCAACCCUGACACGGUGAAGAAUGCGACAGUCUUUGCAGCUGUCUUGAGGACAGCUGGACGACUGUCACAUGUGCUAACUUGGCUUCUCAGAGAGUUACCCCCCCACCCUUCCUAGUCUUCUUCACCAUCAGAUUGAGGAAGAAUUGAGUCCAGUAAGCUGUGCAUCGAUAAGGGCAGACACCGCAGUGCUUUUUUCACCAUAGUGUCAAUAAUGCACAUAGAGAAAAAAAAGAAAAAAUCAUUGCAAGUUUCAAAGACCAAAAAGAGAGAAUGUCUUAAAACACUUGCAUAUGUGUUCACUCUGAUCAGUGUUUUUGUCUCUGUGUCUGUCUAUGUGACCUGAACAUUGACGUUUUGCAUUUGAAUAUUAAUGGAAUCAUUGAAUUUCAAUGUAAGAGGUAAUGUUUCGGUGGGAUUUGUAUAUAUUUUUCAAAUGUCCUUCCUUGUGGAGUCAUGAAGCCAAUCAAAUCUGUCGGAUCAGUUUGUAAAAAGGAAAAAAAAAAAGAAAAACACUCAGUAAAUUCCUGCUCGGCUCCUUGAGCCACCCAAGAGUUCAUCCUUUUAUUGGCCAUUUCCAAAGCUUCUAUAGGGACCCUUGUGGCUCCAUAAUGUUGACCUCCUCCGACCGCUGAAAACAGCCGCUGGCUCGACCAAUCAGAUACGAGCCUCUCCUUCCCAUAGGUCCCAAGUUUCCCCAGCAACAGCGAGUAAUGAAUGCCCCCUUCAAUUUGCACCUAAUUGCUGAGUGGCAUUUCCCCAUUUCUGCCCCUGCCCUCCUCUUUAUCCCGUAUUUUAUCUGGAUAAUCCAGCUGGCUCUCACUGGAGCGCAGUAUCUCGCCUCGUGUGAUGAUGUAAAUUAGACAGAAAAAAAUACUGUCAGUGUGCAUCAGUUUCAUUUUUUUGUCAUGUAAGAGUUUAAUUUCUAUUUUUAUGGCAUUAUUUUGUACAUGUGAUUUUUUUCACAAUGUGAAAUUCAUGGCUAAUAAACAUAAGAGUUUUUUCCUCUUGACUGUAACA